GAAUCAUUGGGAGAUAGCCAGCUUUGGAAUCAAAACCGAUCAGAUCCAAACAGGAGGAAGGAGAAGACAGGGAACCAGAGAGCGAUGGGUUACGUCCUGAGAGUGAGAUUGGCGUCCUUCUUCGCCGGCGCGGCGACGGCGUCGUUCCUGGGUCUCUACUUUCUCCACGAGGAUUACAAGGUUGCUCAUCGCUCAUUCUCUCAACAGAUCAAAGGACUGCACGAGUCACUAGACGGGCGCAUUUCUGCCCUGGAAAAGCUAAAGGAAAUCGAAGCUUCAAAACCUGUGGAAGCAGCAGCAGAUUAGAUGCCCGAGGGUUUUAUGUUUCGGCACUGCAUCGCCCUUUUAUGGGUACUUGAGAUUACCUACUCGCCUUGAAGUCGGACUGAUCAAGUUAUUACCAAACGAAGCAAUGACACAGCUGCUGACAAUGUGACCAAUCUUCUCACACGCACAUGGAGUUUGUAACAUCUCUGCUGGAAUGAUUCUCCUAACGCUGUUACUAGAUGUCCAAAAUAAUCCUUUAGGCCAUCUUUAACCACACUCUUUAUUUCACCUCAUAUUAUAUUAUAAAUAAUUUAUUUUUUA